AUGCCUUAUAAUUAUUGCAUCUGUGGAUCAUUUUUUCGGCGAAAGCAUAUCAAACGUAUUCAGACGAAUGUCACUAAUGUCGAAAACAUUGAUGACGCUAACACUGAGGAAGCUGGCGACGCCAACACAUUUAAUAACAAUGAUUUGCCCCAUGAAGACGCCAGUCACAAAUUUAUGUGCUUGAUGUAUGAAAUUAAUCGGUAAAAUUUCAAUCGUAUACUCGAGAAGAGACUCUGCGGGUCUCUGCCACUCCAUGCGUCGCCGCAAUCUUGAAAAAUUGAAGGGUAACUAAGGGGUAAGUUUUACCCCGUAAAAAUUUACCCCCGAAUAUACACCGCGUAACAUUACCCGCAAAACCAGUGUAAUUUUUACCCCUCUUUCAAUUACCCCUCCGUAUUCAACGAUUUAGCUAUACUAACUACCCUGCAUUAUGGAGUAAUUUCUACCCUAAAAUCAGUUACUCCUUUCAAGAGAGUAAUUUUUUACCUUCAAAGUGGUAAUUUUUACUCCCUGAAAUUUACAGUGAUGUGCACGGGUACGUUUUGAGCAUUCGUCAGCUGAAGCGAAUCCUACAACAACGUGGUCUUGGAAGACGAAGAAAUCGUUCCAACAUUGAAGAAGUUUACCGAGCAAUCAGAAGAGAAUUGCGUGGUAGCGGAAACAUGAUGGGUUAUCGACAAAUGACUAGACGAUUACUACAAGGUCAUGGUGUGGUUGUUGACAAAGAAACUGUGAGGGAACUUUUGAAGGUUUUGGACCCUGAAGGAGUUGAUGCCAGGUCAAGACAUAGAUUACAAAGGAGACAAUAUAAAACGGAGGGUCCAAAUCAUGUGUGGCAUAUAGACGGCUAUGAUAAGCUGAAACCCUUUGGUUUCUGCAUCCAUGGUUCGAUUGAUGGACACAGCAAGCGUGUAAUGUGGCUUGAUGUGGGUCCUUCCAACAACAACCCCCAGCGUAAUAGCUCAGUAUUAUAUUGAAUGUGUUCAACUGAUCGGAGGAACUGCCGGAAUAAUUUGAGGGGACUGUGGGACAGAAAAUGUUCAUGUAGCAGCUCUGCAACGUUUCUUCAAUAACGAUGAGCAAAGUUUUCUUUAUGGAAAGUCCUGUCACAAUCAACGUAUUGAGGCUUUUUGGGGUAUGCUUAGGAGAGGUUGUGUUGAUUGGUGGAUAAACUUCUUUAAAGACCUUAGGGAUAGUGGCCUGUUCUGUGAUACGGAUGACAUACUAGUUGAGUGUCUGAAGUUUUGCUUCACGAGCAUGAUACGUGACGAGCUGCACAGGUUUGCUAUGGAAUGGAACCUGCAUAGAAUUAGAAAGUCGGUAAAUGCAGAAUCUCCAAGUGGUCAACCUGAUGUCAUAUAUUUCCUCUCUUCAAAAACAGAUGAUGCAAAGGGAUCUAAUUACGCCAGUUUCCGAAGAUAUAGAGAUUGCCCAACGGAGGUGUUGUGUUCAAACACCAGAACAUGGUUGCUCAGAAGAGUUUGUUGAAUUAGCGUCAAUUAUAAUGCUAGAGAAGCAUCUAGAAAUGCCUACCAAUUCAGAAGAUGCUGUUAUUUUAUAUUCAACCAUUGUAGAAGAGAUUGCCCAAAUAUUGUAG